AUGUCGGCGUCGUUGCCUGGGAGCCGCGAGCUGCCGCAGUCGCAGUAUGAUCUGAAGACGUACAUGGGCCGAGUGAGGCAUUCGGUCGGCAUGACGGAUCCCAGCACACUCUUUGCUGGCUCCUCUGGCUUGGAAAAGGCGAAGCGAUUGGUGACGGAUUACAAGACUGGCAAGAUCGAAAACAUGUCGCCGGAGCUGUGGCACGCCAAAAAGGUCGUCGACUCGACUCUUCACCCCGAUACCGGCGAGCCCGUCCUUCUGCCCUUCCGAAUGUCGUCCUUUGUCUUGUCCAACCUCGUCGUCACUGCGGGCAUGCUGCAGCCUGGGCUCUCGACCUUGGGCACCGUCGGCUGGCAAGUCGCUAACCAGAGUCUCAACGUCGCCAUUAACACCGCCAAUGCCAACAAGUCCUCGCCAAUGACCACGGCAGACAUGGCCAAGUCGUAUGCCGUUGCGGUCAGCGCGUCUUGCUCUGUGGCCCUGGGUCUGAAUGCCGUCGUGCCGCGACUCAAGGUGUCGCCGGGUGCGCGCAACAUCUUGAAGAGACUGGUGCCCUUUGCUGCGGUCGCGUCAGCUGGUGCCUUGAAUGCGUACCUUAUGCGCCGCGGAGAGAUCGUCACUGGCAUCGACGUGAAGCCGGUGCUCUCCGACGCCGAGAAGAAGAAGCUGCAGGAGGAAAGCAAGUCAGAGCGCGAUGUCCCAUCGCUGGGCAGGAGUCAGAAGGCCGCGAAGCUGGCUGUGUACGAGACGGCUGCCAGUCGUGUCUUCAACAACAGCCCCAUCAUGAUUCUGCCAGCCAUGGGUCUCUACUACAUUGAGUCCAAGGCAAACUGGUACAAGAACAUUCUGGAGAAGGAAUUCUUCAAGGCACGACCUAGGGCCAGGGCUGCGCUCCCAAUAGGCCUCAAUCUGGGUCUGAUUGCUGCGACUUCGUUCUGCGCGUUGCCAUUGGCCCUGGCUGUCUUCCCUCAGCAGCAGGAAAUCAGCGCAGACAAGCUGGAGCCCGAAUUCCACGGCAAAGGCGGCGUAGACGGCAAGGUCAUCUUCAAUCGCGGUUUGUAG